CCCACCAACCCAUGGGCUGCCAGUGUGCAGAGACUUGUAGAAACGUAGGCAGCUAGAUCCCUUCCCACCAGAGCACCCAUUAGUCCUAGGAAAGACUGGCAAGUAUGGACAAGAAGACCGCAGCUUUCCUGUAAGAAUCAAGAAGACCAACCUUGGUCAGCAUUUUGCCUUCUAUGACAAGAAAAGAAAAAAGGAUCAGAAAAAUGGAAUUUUCAGAAGUGCUACUUAAAGAUAAAGUAACUGAGGUCGACAUAGCCUACUUCAAGUUACACUGCUAGUAAGAGAUGUAAAAACCGGCAUUGCGUCACCAGCAAAGGUUGAAGAACUAUGGAAGCCAACCCCGAGCUGGUCGCCGGCACUGUUUGUGGUAGCUUUGCCGUCUUCCAGGUUCUUUUCCACUUUAUAAGUUACUGGUUUUCAGCAAAAGUCUCUCCAGGUUAUAAUAGUCUUAGCAUCGAGAAGAAGAUUGAAUGGAACUCAAGGGUGGUGUCUACGUGCCACUCUCUACUGGUUGGGAUUUUUGGCUUAUACCUCUUCUUUUUUGAUGAGCCUACCAUAGCUGAUCCACUCUGGGGUGAUUCAACGCUUGUGAAAUUGAAUAUUGCAACUGCUUCAGGCUACCUCAUUUCUGACUUAUUGAUUAUACUUUUGAAUUGGAAAGUGAUCGGCGACAAGUUUUUUGUAAUUCACCAUUGUACCGCUCUAACGGCAUACUACUUUGUCUUGAAAGAUGGAGUGCUUUCAUACAUUGCCAAUUUUCGCCUGCUUGCUGAGCUCUCCAGCCCUUUUAAGUGUGAUGUUUCUCUCUUUCUCUUUUCCAGGUGGUUCUUUGAAGCCCUGAAGUACCCCAAGUUUUCCAAAGCCAAUGUCAUCAAUGGAAUCCUCAUGACGGUGGUCUUUUUCAUAGUGCGGAUCAUUGCAAUCCCGCCUCUGUAUUUCUUUGUGUACUCCGUGUACGGAACAGAGCCCUACAUAAGGCUUGGAUUUGCAAUCCAGUGUACCUGGAUCACUACUUGUCUUGUUUUGGAUGUGAUGAAUGUCAUGUGGAUGAUCAAAAUUACAAAAGGAUGCAUCAAGGUCAUCUCUCUCAUCGGACAGGAGAAAGCCAAGACUAGCCUUCAGAAUGGGAAACUCGAUUAAAGGCGUGCUUCAUCAAACACCUUUGCUUCCAUAAGCCAUUUUCAUGCCUCCUCACACCGCGUCUACUAAUAGAUGAGUUCCUGGCAUGCUCUUAUGCUGCUCUAUUAGUUAUGAUUGUUAUUCAGGGUUUCAGUGUUUUCUUCUCUCUCUCUUUUUUAUAUUUAGAAAACAGAAAAUAAAAUUUAGUUUUCACUCCCAA